AUGAAUUGUUCAAUUAUUGAUAUAAAAUCGUUAAAUGUCGGCGAAUAUUGCGGACAAGUUGAGGUAAAUGAUAAGAUCAAUUGUAGUACAUUACAAACAAGUCGUUCGCUAAGCAACGAUGAUUCUCAUUCGGUCGAUUCAGUUGUCAUAGAAAACAGCGACCUUGAUUCUGGUUGUCGCGUUGAUGGCGAUUUUAAUGAGCCUCGUAUACAUUCAAAUGAUGAUGGUGUUGCUGCGCAACCCACUGUAAGACGCCCUGCACAAUUUUCACAAAAUAAUACAUCGAACAGUGCGAAAAAAUUGCGAGAAUGUCCAUUGUGUUUUAUUCGUCAAUCGGAGAAGAAUUUCCCCCAAUUGGCUUGUUGUAAUCAUCGUUCCUGUAAAAGUUGUCUUGUACAAUAUCUACAAGUUGAAAUAAUGGAAAGUCGUGUGCAAAUAACAUGUCCGGAAUGUAGUGAAUUCUUACAUCCCACUGAUAUUUACUCACUUAUGGUUCAACAUCCUGAUUUAAUAGAAAAAUAUGAAAACUUUUCUCUUAGACGAGUUUUGAUGACAGAUCCUGAUACACGUUGGUGUCCAGCACCAGACUGCACUUAUGCUGUUAUUGCAACAUCGUGUGCAGCUUGUCCUGAGUUACACUGCGAGAAAUGUGGUACACUUUUUUGCUAUCAUUGUAAAGGUCCAUGGCAUGCUAGUCAAACUUGUGAUGAAGCGCGCCGUGAACGUGGUCGAAAAUUAAGAAAUACGGUUCCACGACGUCACCGUCAGUCUUUCGGGAACCAGUUGAAACGUGGUGAUAUAAAGCCUUGUCCUCGUUGUCGAACUUAUAUAGUUAAGUUGGAUGAUGGAUCGUGCAACCAUAUGGCUUGUGCGAUGUGCAGUGCACAGUUUUGCUGGUUGUGUUUGAGAGAAAUCAAUGAUCUUCAUUAUCUGAGAAAUACUUUUAGUCCAACUGGAUGCACAUUUUGGGGAAAAAAACCAUGGACUAGAAAAAAAAAGCUACUCUGGCAGGUUGGAACACUUAUUGGAGCUCCAGUUGGAAUUGCUCUUAUUGCUGGUCUUGCAAUACCUGGCAUCAUUUUCGGCGUUCCAGUUUUUGUUGGAAGAAAGGUCAAUCAGCGUUUUGCUCAACAUUCCAGAGUGCGUCGUCGUUUAUUAACAGCUGGAAGUGUUAUUGGAUCUUUAGUUGUUAGUCCGGUAUUAGCUGUAAUGGCAGUUGGUGUGGGUGUGCCAAUAAUGCUUGCUUAUGUUUAUGGUGUUGUUCCUCUUUCAUUAUGUCGAAAUGGUGGUUGUGGUGUUGGUGCAGCUUCAUCAUCUUCUGAUCGAAAUGAACUUGAUGAUGAAGAAAUCUGGCAUGAUCUGAACGGAAAUCAAGAAAAAUCUCGUUUAUUGAACGAAAUUGAACGUUUUGACGAUACUUCUUUAAUAACAGGUGUUUCAAUCAACAGCGGUUUAUCAUCUCAGCAAACUCAUACUACUGUUCGCGUUAAGGCAGAACUUUGUCGUCGAAGACCUAGUAUUGAAUCAGGUGUUUUAAGUUUUGGAGAAAAAUGCAAUUACGAAGAGGCCAGUACGAAAGCGAUGGCCGGUUCUCAAUUUUGUGAUGAUAAGAGUGUUCACACGAUUUGCUCUGGUCAGGAAGCUAUUAGUUAUUGCGAAGAAAUAGCUAGUACGGUAGCCUUAGCUGGUUCAGUUAUUGAUGCAAAGUCUUUAUCUGAUAGUGCGAGUGGGCGUCACACAAAUCAGAUUUGUUGCAAGGACAGAGAUGUCAGUCCAACAUCCCACCAAGCCUUAUUUGCUUGUGAUCCUCAACAUAAAUCAGAAGAAGACCGUUCUAAUUACAGUCACUGUAAUCAGGAUUCAUUGCCCACUCAUUUAGAAGACGAUGCUAAUUCAUCUUACGAAAUUGGAAAGUUACAUGGGAGAGCAGCUAGUAAUACGUCAUCAUAUAGCAGCGGUAGACGAAAUAUACGUAAAGUAUCACAUUCACCUUCUGAUCAGAUUUCGAAUCUGAAUGUCGUUAAUAAUUUAGAAAAAGGUGAAAUCGAAUUAUUUCUAAUGAACGAAGAUACUGCAAUACAUCUGACAAAUGAAAGCUCAUAUUCUCGUCCAUCUUCAUCUGCAGCUAUAAAUAAAACUUCGUAUAGCUCAACUGGAGGAAUAUCUUCGCAAGGUGCCAUAUCUAACCUUCGAGCUGCUCAUUUCAGUGAUGCAAUUGAUCAGUCAAAUGCCGAUCGUUUCCAUAUCAGAGCAUUAUUUGAUGCAAUGAAACAAAUAGUUUCGGAUGAUGUAGCCAAUGAGUCUGAUGACGAGAUCAGUUCAGAAAAUCCUAUAUCAAAUAGUUUUCGUUCAAUGUUACUUCGACCGUAUACGAAAAAUAUAUUAACCGCCGAUAAUGAAAAUGGCGAGGGAUCAUUGAAAGGUGUGCGUACUAUAACUUCACUUUCCUCUUCAAAUGGCAGCGACAAAUAUCGUGCAAUUAGUCGUGAUAAGCGAGUAUCAUCAUCAUUAAGUCGAUCAACAGCGUCAUCAUCUGAUCGUCGACGUUCCAAGUGGCGUAUCUUUUCUAUUUUUUCCAGAAAAAAACGCUAA